AUGUGGUCUAAAAAUAAGGGUUUGUCCGACAAGGAGCUCUACGAUAUUCUGAUGCAGUCUUCAGAUGACGAGUGCGAUAAAGAAUUACCUUUAGAGCAGGCAUUUAGUGAUUUCUCGAGUGAUGAGGACCUCUCGGAUGGUGAAGCUGAGAUACACGAAGGAAGCCUUUCAUUUCAUGAGUUAGAAGAGGAAGAAGUGCAGUUACCUGACCAAUUGGAAGACGAAACUUUGCGCAAUAGGCAGUCCUAUGAUGUAGAUAAUCGUACAUGGUAUACUGUAGCGCCUAAAACAGGAAAAUCCAGAUCAUGCAAUAUCUUGCAAGAAGAUAAAGGUCUCACAAAUAGAAGUAAGGAUGUGAAUUCUAUUACUGACUGCUUCAAGCUUUUCUUUUCUGAAAAUAUGUUGGAUAUUAUCAUAAAAUAUACAAACAAAAAAGCUAACGAUUUUAUAAAGACUUAUAAUGAAUGCCAUGAAGACAAGUUGGAGACAUGGAUUGAAGUAGACACUACAGAAAUGCUUGCCUUUCUUGGAGUCCUUAUUCUUGCUGGUAGAUUCCGUGAAGCAAAAGAAAGUGUACGCAAUUUAUGGUCGACUACAAACAAUGCUUUUACCAGGCCAAUUUAUCAGGCCACUAUGUCCAGAAAUCGAUUUUCUGACAUCUUACGCCACCUUCGUUUUGAUGAUUUGUCUACAAGAGCCGAGAGAAAGGAACAAGAUAAGCUUGCCCCGAUUCGUGAGAUUACUGACAUAUUUGCUAAGAAUUGCAGAGAAUCUUACAAACCUUCAGCUUUUGGGACUAUUGAUGAGCAGUUGGUAACUUUCCGAGGUCGUUGCUCAUUCAAAGUUUAUAUACCAAGUAAACCAGGCAAUUACUAUUGUUGCAAUUUUGAAGUGUAUUUAGGAAAAUUGAAUGGCAUAGCAGAAAAGAAUCAAGGUCCUCGAGUUGUAAAAACUUUAGCAAGCCACUGGUAUGGUAGAGGACGAAAUAUAACAACUGAUAAUUUUUUCACCGACAUAACCUUAGCAGAAGAACUCUUGUCCCAGAAUCUAACAAUUGUUGGCACAAUCCGCAAAACUCGCAAAGACUUGCCGAAGAGCUUAUUAGAUAUUCGCGAAAGAGCUACGUAUUCUUCACAGUUCCUUUUUACACGGAAUCUUACCUUGGUGUCCUACGUUACGAAGCGCAAUAAAUUUGUUGUACUUCUAUCUUCAAUGCAUCAUGAACACGAUAUCGCCGGAGAAGAUCUGAAAUUCAAGCCUAGCAUAAUAACUUCUUAUAAUGAGACAAAAAGUGGCGUAGAUUGCUUGGAUAAAAUUGUACGUGAAUACAGUUCCAAAAGGAUCAGUAGAAGAUGGCCUUUACGUUUAUUUUAUAAUUGA